AUGGACAAGGGCAGCCAGAGCACGCUGUACGUGGGCAACCUGCACCCCUUCGUGACGGAGAACAUGCUGCAGGAGAUCUUCACCUACGCCGGCGUCGUGGAGCAAGUGAAGAUUGUCAGGGACAAGACGACGGGGGCGAGCGCUGGCUACGGCUUCGUGAAGUACUACGAGCCGCGUAGCGCGCAGGUGGCGCUGCAGACGCUCACCAGCAAGGUGAUCUACGACCGGGAGGUGCGCCUGAACUGGGCCUUCCAGAGCAGCCAGCGCGAGGACACCAGCAAGCACUUCCAUAUGUUCGUGGGCGACCUGAGCCAAGACGUUACCGACGCGGCUCUGUUCGCCGCGUUCAGCGGCGUCGGCACCAACAGCUGCUCGGACGCGAGGGUGAUGUGGGACCACAGCACGGGCCGCUCCAAGGGCUACGGCUUCGUGUCCUUCAGGAGCAGGGAGGACGCCGAGCGCGCGAUCCAGGAGAUGCACGGCCAGCUGAUUGGCUCGCGGCGCGUGCGUUGCGGCUGGGCGCAGCACAAACAGCAAGACACAUCCCAACCCUUGGACUACGACACUUUGGACAAGGCGGACCCAACCAACACCAACGUUUAUAUUGGCAACAUACCUGCUGAAAUGACGGACACGGAUAUUCGCCGCCACUUUCAGCAAUUUGGCCCCGUCGUAGAUGUCAAGCUUCACAAGAAGGGUGGUUAUGGGUUUGUCAGAUUUCAGAAACAUUCAGAUGCCGUGAAUGCUAUCCUCCAAACAAGGGGCAAGACUGUCCAGGGCAAGGAUGCGUGCUGGAAGGUCAUGAAGUGCCACUGGGGCAAGCACCCAGACAGCCACGCGGAUGCAACCUCCACCCGCAUCAUGCUGCCUGGGCUGAACCCGAUGAGCGGGGUGCUCGGCAGUGGCGAUGCGGUAAUCCAAGGACUGCUGCCCACGGCCCAAUACAUGCUGCCGACGCCAAUGACAUCGCAGCAGAUCAUGAUGGCCAAUCAAUUCAUGGGCCAGGGACCUAUGUCACCUGGAGGGAUGUCUGGCAUGGGGGUCAGGACCAGGGUACCCAAUCGGGUGGGCGGGGUUUCGGCUCCCCUGGGGGGCCAGCCUGGCGGAUACUACCCAGGCAUGUAUUAUUCAUCAUAA